UCUAAGAUCGUGGGUAUACUAGAUCUAUUCGUUAAGAAAGCUGCACUUUAAACAGUGUUCACGUAAAAACCUUUACAUGUUAGGAUUUCAUGUAUAUCUGAGACAGCAAACGCUGUUUAGCGAUCCGGAUUUUACGCUGCCGCUAAAGGGAAGGUGUAUACGCUAUUUAUUUUGCUUCAAGCGAGUCAUACAAGUCGUUGCUUUAUUUUCCGUUGAACCUAAAUACAUUCGUCACUCCUGUAGGAAGCGUCAGCGGGAUAGUGACGUAGAAACGCCUUGUACUGGUAGAUUUAACUGGCCAAUGCUGGUUUUGCGUGUACUGUGUUUCUACAGGCCGCAAAAGAAUCAAGUCAAUCGACAUAGCAACGCGUACAUUUUGUAGUAUCUGCUUAGGCCUAACAAACUUCUUUAAAGCGAAGGGAAGUGCCAUUACUAAAUAUUUUAAAGAUUCCCAGUUUCGAAUUUUAUGAAUUAUCACUUGUGAGUAAUCCGCAAAAAACAACUGAUGAUAUCUUAGAGUAUUAGGUAAAAAAUUAGUAAAUUUACUGUUAAUUGCUGUACUGUACUUUGAAAUUGAACUAGCAGCACUGUCACUGACGAACUAUCUCAGUGAGCUGAACCAAGCGUACGUAAACAUGGAAGAGGAAAUCCCGAGUUUCUCAUCAUCAAAAGAUGAAGCUGCUUAUUUUAAAAAGGUGGCUUUAGAUCUUAUGAAAAAAUGGAAGGACAGCCAGGUGGAACUGCAGGAGUUUCAAGAUGGAAGUCGGGAAUUAGAAGCUGAGCUAGAAGCCCAGCUGGAGCAAGCAGAGAAGGCGAAUAAGGACCUGAGGUCAAUCAAUACCCGGCUUAAGAUAGAUUGUGAAAGUCUACAGGAAAAGCUAGAAAAAAUGCAGAAGGAGAACCAACGUCAUAUUGGUGACCUUCAGCAUGAGUUAUCAGUGAUCAAGGCUGAGAGAGAAGACCUUACAAAAUAUAUUCGUGAACUGGAACAAGCCAAUGAUGACCUUGAACGUACAAAAAGGUCAACACUAUGCUCCCUUGAAGACUUUGAAUCAAAGCUAAAUCAUGCUAUUGAGAGAAAUGCUUUUCUUGAAAGUGAACUAGAUGACAAAGAAACUUUAGCUAUGAUGGUCCAGAGGUUGAAAGAUGAAACACGUGAUUUAAAACAAGAGCAGUUAAUCCAUCAGUCUAUAAACAAGCAGGAAAAUAACAACAGUAUUACUGUUCUUCCACAUGUGGACAAUGACAAGAAAGCUGAGAAAUUGAAAGAGAUAGAUUUUAACAAGUUAACUACUGAGAACCACACACAAACUGUUUCUCCAGUCAGAGGACCAUCAAUUCAAGGAAGUAGUGUGCCUCUCACACCAUCAGCCAGAAUAUCUGCAUUAAAUAUUGUUGGAGAUUUACUUAGGAAGGUUGGAGCACUGGAGUCCAAGCUUGCUUCUUGUCGAAACUUUGUCAGAGAGAAUGCUCAGAAGCUGGAGGAACAUGGAAGUCCUGCUACAACACCAACGAAAAUAAAGCAGUUCACAAAAGCAUCUUCUAUCCCCAGCCCUCAAGAGAUUAUUUCUUUACCAGUAUAACAAAAAAAACAUUGUUUAAUCAUUGCUAGAUAGAAAUGUAAUGGAGAUAGAUUCUCGAGGUAUAGUUUCUGCAGAGUGAGACUGGAUAUUUUCUGUGGUUGUAAAAAUUAAUUUCUUUGUGUCCCAACAGAAAAUGAAAUUCUUCUUUUGGAGUGAUAACAUUUUCAUCCAAAGAAAGUAUACCUGAAUAUAGAGUCAACUCUUAUUCAGAAUUCUACAGAAACAAGACCAAAGUUUGCAGCCUAUAAGUUAUUAGAUUAUACUAAAAGCACAAGAUACCAAACCUCUGUUUAUUUUUUUUUAAUACACACCUUGGUCAGUAUUUUGUAAUGUAUGGGGGAAAAAGUAGCUUUCAUAUAUGAAACAUUCAAUUUUUUCCAGAACAGCCCAAGUGUGAGAUUGUGGCUGAUUACAAAAAAAAAAAUCUUAAAAUAAUCAUUCAGGCUGCAAAUAAAUAUUUU